AUGACGGUGUGGCAGUGGUAUAGCAGAAACGCCAUUCGCAUCCAAAUUGUCUUCCUAAUACUUGUAUCCCUGUGCUGGAUCUACGCAAAAAAAUGUAACUUCUCGCGAUGUGUGUUUCAGGGAGCGUUCUUCGGUCUGAUCAUCGGCUUUCUGAUCGGCGCCACCCGCCUGGUGCUGGACUUCGUCUACGGCCUGCCGUCCUGCGCGCAGCCCGACGAGCGACCUGGCGUGCUGCGCAACCUGCACUACCUCCACUUCGCCUGCGUGCUGUUCGCCAUCAGUCUGCUGGUCACUGUGGUGGUCAGUCUUCUCACCAAGCCCAUACCGCGCGAAAAGUUGAUCCGACUGACAUGGUGGACUCGUCACAGCAGCCAGGCCCGUCAACCAAUUGAAGAAAACCAAAGGGCGAAUGGAAAUUACGAAAUGGUGGAAAAGGGGUCCCCCAAAAAUAAAGAUGAGGAGAUCGAGGUUGAGGUCUCCAUUCCUCGUCGAGCCUGGUACUGGCUUUGUGGCAUGAGUGGCGGACACCAGACCGCUGUCAUGGAGAUGACCCCUGAGGAGAGAGAAGAUGCAGACAAGAAAAUGACCUCCAUUGCUGAGGAUCCCAAAUGGCACCGCGUGGCCUGGAUAAACGCUCUGAUCUUGACAGCAGUUGGAAUUAUAUUCUUUGGGGUAUUUGCGUAAUACUUCUGAGUAUAUGAGUUACAAUGUGCUGGUUAGAAGACGAUUCUUUUGAUUUCUGUUCAGCUUUAACUUGAAACGACAAGUUUAGUUGAAAAAAACGAUUGAAGGUUUAAUUUCUUGGGGUUUAUUUUCAUGGGGUUUAUUUUCACAAUCUUCCGGUCACAUUUGUAAUUUUACCCAAUGUAU